AUGCUGAAGGAUACUAUUUUAUAUUACUUUCUAAUCCUGAAUUACAAGAAAAGUGCUAAGCGAAAACGUUGGAUUAGAUCUCUAAGUAUAUUCAAGAAGUUCCCAAAUAUAUUUAAGUACAUCAGGUUAUUACUAAAUUAGUUGUCAUCUGAAGAGCUUUAAAAUUAAAAACAGAGGGCAAUUGAAAAUUUAAUUGAAGAGUGUGAGAAUCAAUUAAGGAGAGACACUAAGGCCAAUCAUGAUUCUGUCAUUGAUUACGAAUAAGGGGGACUUCUUAUUUCAAAUUCAGGUAAUGUGUUUAAUUCAAACCAAAAUUUAUUACAAAGCUAAGCAAACUUCAAACAUGGAUUCAAUACAGAAAAAGAUUUCAGCAUCGAAACCUUGACCAAGGUUUUCAGAUGCUUUAUGAUGUAUGAUUAUAAUAGACAAUUCUUUUUCAUGUUCAUCAGAAGAGGGUUUCCUAUUGAUAAAACAUGGUCAACUGAAAGAAACAAAUUAGAAAAAGAAAUAAUGAAGAAACUCCUAGAUCCAGAUGAUCCUAAAGCAAAACCUUAGGAACCACCUUUAAGUUUCAAAUAUAAAGGGGAUUUUGGAGUUUAUUAAGCUAAAUAUGAUAAAGCAGCAAAAUGUUAUUUUAUACUACUAUCAAGAUUUGGUGUCAAAGAGGAUUACUAAAAAUCUCUUGUAGAUAAAAUAUAUGAUGAGAUCCAAAAAAUUAAAAACUAUAUUACACUUAAAUAUGAUUCUUUGGAACACAAAGUGAAGAGAAAUGUUGAAUAGAUGAUUAAUCAUUAUGAGGAGGAAAUCAUAUAAUAUAUGGAUUAGAAUUUGGUUGAUUAAAAGUUGUUUGAAAAGAAAUAUCAAAAAUUAUAAUAGAAUUCAGUUUAAAUUUAUUAAGAAGAAAAAAGAUCCCCUUUGGUGGAACAACAAAAUAAUGAUAUGAAGGAUGCCUUAAUUAUAUAAUAAUAGUACAUAUUAGAUGAAGAGGAUAUAAUACCUUAGAUGACUGAAUUAAAUGAAAAAAACGAUAAGCAACAGUUAUAUUACUCACACAAUAGCUUAACCAACAAUAAGAUGAAAAAAAUGAGGUCAUCAUGA